GUAUGACCCGACCCUUUCUCGCAGUCGCAGGACGGGCGCUUUGGAGCCGGUCCCAGGUAGUGUGUGUCGGUCGCCUCGUCUGGAGAACUACUCCUCGACUCACGGUGAGGGAAUGGACCGGCACGGGGGUUGUAUCGCUGAGGGAAAGGAGCGGGACUCCGGACCUCCAGGAGGUAGGGAGUGAGGCCGGUAGACCGGCGCGUCUCCGGGGAGAUUCCUCCCGGGCGUUGAGUUGCCAACCUGGGACCCGAGGAAGAUCGGCGUGGUGGUGUGCUUUUUGUUGUUGUUAACCCUCCUCGGAUUUCUCGAAUUUCACACCACUGUCCAUAUGCGAUGACGUUUGUUUGCCCUUGACGCACUACUCAUGGAUGGUACUUCAGCCUCGUUAGACAGCCUGGUGAUGGAGGAUGAAGAAACCAUUGCAAGGAUGAUGCUGAAAGGAAUAACAAGGCUUAUCUCUAGGAUCCAUAAGUUGGACCCUGGGCGUUUUUUACACAUGGGGACCCAGGCUCGCCAAAGCAUUGCUGCUCACCUAGAUAACCAGGUUCCAGUUGAGAGUCUGAGAGCUAUUUCCCGCACCAAUGAGAAUGACCCGGCCAAGCAUGGGGAUCAGCACGAGGGUCAGCACUACAACAUCUCCCCCCAGGAUUUGAAGACUGUAUUUCCCCAUGGCCUUCCUCCUCGCUUUGUGAUGCAGGUGAAGACAUUCAGUGAAGCUUGCCUGAUGGUAAGGAAACCAGCCCUAGAACUUCUGCAUUACCUGAAAAACACCAAUUUUGCUUACCCGGCUGUACGAUAUCUUCUGUAUGGAGAGAAGGGAACAGGAAAAACCCUCAGUCUUUGCCAUGUUACUCAUUUCUGUGCAAAACAGGACUGGCUGAUACUACAUAUUCCAGAUGCUCAUCUUUGGGUGAAAAAUUGUCGGGAUCUUCUGCAGUCCAGCUACAACAAACAGCGCUUUGAUCAACCUUUAGAGGCUUCAACCUGGCUGAAGAAUUUCAAAACUACGAAUGAGCGCUUCCUGAACCAGAUAAAAGUUCAAGAGAAGUAUGUCUGGAAUAAGAGAGAAAGCACUGAGAAAGGGAGUCCUCUGGGAGAAGUGGUUGAACAGGGCAUAACACGGGUGAGGAACGCCACAGAUGCAGUUGGAAUUGUGCUGAAAGAGCUAAAGAGGCAAAGUUCUUUGGGUAUUUUUCACCUCCUAGUGGCCGUGGAUGGAAUCAAUGCUCUUUGGGGAAGAACCACUCUGAAAAGAGAAGAUAAAAGCCCGAUUGCCCCAGAAGAAUUAGCACUUGUUCACAACUUGAGGAAAAUGAUGAAAAAUGAUUGGCAUGGAGGCGCCAUUGUGUCGGCUUUGAGCCAGACUGGGUCUCUCUUUAAGCCCCGGAAAGCCUAUCUGCCCCAGGAGUUGCUGGGAAAGGAAGGAUUUGAUGCCCUGGAUCCCUUUAUUCCCAUCCUGGUUUCCAACUAUAACCCAAAGGAAUUUGAAAGUUGUAUUCAGUAUUAUUUGGAAAACAAUUGGCUUCAACAUGAGAAAGCUCCUACAGAAGAAGGGAAAAAAGAGCUGCUGUUCCUAAGUAACGCGAACCCCUCGCUGCUGGAGCGGCACUGUGCCUACCUCUAAGCCAAGAUCACAGCAUGUGAGGAAGACAGUGGACAUCUGCUUUAGGCUGGACCCAGUAAGAUGAGGAAGUCGGGCAGUACACAGGAAGAGGAGCCAGGCCCUUGUACCUAUGGGAUUGGACAGGACUGCAGUUGGCUCUGGACCUGCAUUAAAAUGGGUUUCACUGUGAAUGCGUGACAAUAAGAUACUCCCUUGUUCCUAAAACUUUAUAUCAGUUUAUUGGAUGUGGUUUUUCACAUUUAAGAUAAUUAUGGCUCUUUUCCUAAAAAAUAAAAUAUCUUUCUAAA